AUGAACGCUGAAUCCCAGACGCCAUCGCACACCUCUUCAAACUCCGGUCCGUUGCCGGGCUAUACAUGCAUAUUCUCGCAACUAUCAGGGGAGCUGCGAAACCGCAUAUACGAUUGUAUCGUAGAAGAUGUUGGUUCGUCUGCCAUGCGCGUACACUACAAUCCUGAUCCAGCAAUGCCAUUCCAUGAGCGAUAUCCAAAGCACAAGUGUAUGGGCCUGACACAAGUUGACCGUAGAACGCGCACAGAGUUCGCGCCCUUGUAUAUGAACGGUCAUUACUUCCACUUCUCCCAACUAGCUCAUUUCUACCGUUCGGGUCUCGCUGGCAAGAACGAUGCAUAUCCCGCGCUAGUCCGCCUCCUAUCCAUGAUCAAAAAAGGACGGCUUAGACAACCAGCGGCAAUGGAGUUCGACUCGCCAAACCCAGGUCUCGACGUAACACUCUUAUUCCGGCUAGACCCGUAUAACUGCGAUGUCACAGGCCGCUGGUUCCUCGACACAGAAUACAAGAGCCACAAGAACGGCCUUAUCACCGGCGUUCUAUGCCGCAUGCUCGCAUGUCUGCCGUCAUGGUACCAUCUGUUGGCGCCCGGAGCCAUCACAAAGAUCAGCAUCUCGAAGUCCAGCUACCGGAGUGGCAAACCGUUCGUCCUCGUUACGGUGGAGCUUGACUCUGAGAUCGAAGUCUCCCGCGCUGCGAUCGUGCAUGCGCUUGUUGAACGGGCGCUGGCCGCAGAGAUGGAUUUCUCGAUGCCUGCUAGCGGACCGGCGGCAUCCCACAAUCUUUUGAGGGUGAACAUCAUUGUUGCCGGAGAAGCAGCUCAUGGAGUCAAGCUGCACCGCAAGCGCCGCGGCCGCUCUCAACACUCGAAACAUGCUCUGAGAGACCGUCACCCUAGUCGCCAAUUCCUCGGCCUUGCUCAGACGAACCAACUAUUCCGCUCCGAGUUCUGGCCGCUUUACACGAAAGCCCACCGCCCUAUCAUCAACAUCGAAGAGCUUGCCGAGUACCUUGAGGUCGUUCCGCACUCUGACGAAUAUAUCAAUAGCUCUAUCAUCACUACUCUGAAAGCCGUGCGCCUCCUCAAGACUCCCAAAGCCGUUGAAGCCCCUGGUAUCGAUAUUCGACCUCUUUUCCGCAUGAAGUGGAAAUCGUUCCCAUUCGUCGUUACCAAACGGUCCACGCAUCGGUAUUGCGAGGAGCACGAGAUAUUUCAUUGGCUUGUAAACAUAAGCUGCCGUAGGAGCCGGACCUAUAACAAAGUGCUCAGGGAUAAUGGGGUCGUUGCGAUCUAUUUGCAUAGACGCCAUAACGCCGUUGGCGUGUCUCCUGCGGUGGAAGACGUUAUCACAGUACGCCUGGGCGACCUCGUGAACAUGAGACUUAGCGGAGACAGAGUUAGCAUCUUCCAGAGUUUCGUUGAUGCUACGAGAACACUCCUAGUAUUCGGUUCCUGGAGUAACGUCGUGAUGGAAUGUACUAGCGGUAUGCAGAAGAUGACUGCGAGGAAGGGACAGACUAUCCUUGUCGAACAAUUGGAGGAUAUCUCGGAAGACGUGUGA